GUUGCGGUCAUGCUCGUUCAGUCUGUUUCCUUGUCUCGCCGGCCCUCGUUCUUUCGAACUGAUCAGUCGCCGAGUACGGUUGCUGGAUACUUCGUGGUUUUGAAUUUGUUUUAAAGUUUAGUGUUUGUUUUAACCAGUUUAAAAACUUUAUAAACUUAAUAAAAUGGGUAAAGAAAAGAUUCAUAUAAACAUCGUGGUUAUCGGCCACGUAGACUCCGGUAAAUCUACUACUACCGGACAUCUCAUCUACAAAUGUGGUGGUAUCGACAAGCGUACCAUCGAAAAAUUCGAAAAAGAAGCCCAAGAAAUGGGCAAAGGUUCUUUCAAAUACGCCUGGGUAUUGGACAAGUUGAAGGCAGAACGUGAACGUGGUAUCACAAUUGAUAUCGCCUUGUGGAAGUUCGAAACUUCGAAAUACUACGUAACCAUUAUCGACGCUCCUGGACACAGAGAUUUCAUCAAAAACAUGAUCACAGGAACAUCUCAAGCUGAUUGUGCUGUACUUAUAGUUGCAGCUGGUACUGGUGAAUUUGAAGCUGGUAUUUCUAAAAACGGUCAAACACGUGAACAUGCAUUAUUGGCCUUCACUCUUGGUGUAAGACAACUUAUUGUUGGAGUCAAUAAAAUGGACUCCACUGAACCUCCCUAUAGCGAAAGCCGAUUUGAGGAAAUCAAGAAAGAAGUAUCCUCCUACAUCAAGAAAAUUGGUUAUAAUCCUACUGCUGUAGUCUUCGUACCAAUCUCUGGUUGGCAUGGUGACAACAUGUUGGAACCCUCUGAAAAAAUGCCAUGGUUCAAGGGAUGGAGUAUUGAACGUAAAGAAGGCAAAGCCGAAGGAAAGACUCUCAUUGAUGCUUUAGAUGCCAUUUUACCCCCUAGCAGACCAACUGAGAAACCACUACGUCUACCACUUCAGGAUGUUUACAAAAUUGGUGGUAUUGGAACAGUACCAGUUGGCCGUGUGGAAACUGGAGUGCUUAAACCUGGUAUGGUGGUCGUUUUCGCCCCCGCAAAUAUUACUACUGAAGUAAAAUCAGUAGAAAUGCAUCAUGAAGCCCUCCAGGAAGCCGUGCCUGGCGACAACGUAGGUUUCAAUGUAAAGAACGUGUCUGUAAAAGAACUUCGCCGUGGAUACGUAGCAGGUGACUCAAAGAACAACCCACCUAGAGGAGCAGCUGACUUUACCGCCCAAGUUAUUGUUCUCAACCAUCCUGGUCAAAUUUCUAGCGGCUACACCCCUGUCCUCGAUUGUCACACCGCCCAUAUUGCUUGCAAAUUCGCUGAAAUCAAAGAGAAAGUAGAUCGUCGUACAGGAAAAACAACUGAGGAGAAUCCAAAGGCCAUCAAAUCUGGAGAUGCUGCCAUCAUCAACUUGGUUCCUACUAAACCCAUGUGUGUUGAAUCUUUCCAGGAAUUCCCUCCCCUUGGUCGUUUUGCUGUCCGAGACAUGAGGCAGACAGUUGCUGUAGGAGUCAUCAAAAGUGUCAACUUUAAAGAUCCUAGCUCCGGCAAAGUAACGAAAGCUGCCGAAAAAGCUCAAAAGAAGAAGUAACCGCUUCCCAAGUUUAGAAUUUCACGCAUUUUAUUAUUAUUAUUCCAUAAUAUUUCUACAUGUUAAAUGUAUUUUCCACUUCUAGGACAGGGAAUAUUAUUUUAAAAAUUAAAUUAAUAGGAUGACCA